UAUCAAUUGGCGAGCGUGAUCAAUUCAAAAUGGACUUUGCGCUUUUAUUUCGAGGCGGAGCGCCGCGACGUGCAUUCGAUUUCGCAAUCAGCACGAAGAGUCUCUUUUAACGGACUAGAACGCUCGCGAAUCGGUGGUCAGCGUGUACCGAGCAAACGCGUUUAUGAUAUUUACAUUGAGUAUUGCAGUGCGGACAUUCGUCUCCGCGUUUUCGAGCACUUAUUCAAAAUUUUCUAGUUUCACGCGGUAAAUUUAAACGAAGACCAAUAAGAUAAAAUCGUUGACUGAGGAUUUGUACAUAAUAACCGCUGCUGAUAAUAUAGCGACACUUCAUUCAAUAGAGGGUGCUGGGAUUAUUAUUCAAUAUAAUUUUCACUCACGAAUAAUCAAGAUGACAGAUACGGAUCGCUGGUACUUUCACUGGAUAGAUUGGAUCGUCUUUGUCAGUAUGCUCUGCCUCUCCGCGGCAGCGGGGCUCUGGCAUUAUUUUAGAGGGAAGCAGUACAAUACAGAGGAAUAUCUGUUAGGAGGGCACAGUAUGAAUCUUCUUCCUGUGUCGUCUUCGCUAAUUGCUAGUUUUAUUUCAGGUAUAACGAUACUUGGAACACCGACAGAGAUCUAUAACUAUGGUACACAAUAUUGGAUCACCAUAUUCAGCAUUCUAUUCGCUGGUAUUGUCGUCGCAGUGAUCUAUCUUCCCGUUUUUUACGUCGUCAGACUUAACUCCGCGUACGAGUAUCUCGAGAUCAGAUUCAGCAGAGAAGUCCGUAUAUUGAUAUCAUUGAUCUUCGUUAUCGACGCGGUUUUAUACCAAUCUAUCGUCCUCUACGUUCCUUCUCUAGCUCUGAACCAAGUCAGUGGUAUUAACGUUCAUCUAAUAGGAACCGUUGUCUGUUUGGUAUGCGUUUUCUACACUGUUCUGGGUGGUCUGAGGGCCGUGGUCUGGACGGACACCAUCCAGGUCGUGAUAAUGAUAACUGCAGUGACAGUUGUGACAUUUUUGGGAACAUAUCAGGUCGGAGGACCUUCAGAAGUAUGGAAUAACGCCCUGCAAGCAAAAAGGAUUCAGUUUCUCAAUCUGGAUCCCUCACCCUAUACGCGACACACCCUAUGGAACGUACUGAUCGGUUCUUGGCUUUACAGCACUGCCUAUAUAGCUGUAAAUCAGACGAUGGUUCAGCGAUAUCGAACUUUGCCAACGAUGAGAAUCGCCAGGAUAGCCGUCGGUAUUUUCACCUGCGGCGUAAUGAUCUUUAUUUCACUCUGCUGUUGGUGCGGAUUGGUUCUUCUCGCUUGGUGGUCACCGCCAAAAUGUGAUCCUAGAGCCUCUGGACUCGUUUCAGCUGACGAUCAAAUGUUACCCGCAUUUGUGAUGGAAAUUGCUGGUCACCUUCAUGGAAUUCCGGGACUUUUUGUCGCCGGAAUAUUCGGCGCGGCACUCAGCACUUUGUCGGUGGGAUUGAAUGCGACGUCUGUAGUUCUUCUCGAAGACUUUGUUAAGGGUUACUUCAGACUCAAUCCGAGCGAAAGAUGUGCAGCUAUAUUUGUAAAAAGCGUUGCAAUUUUCUUGGGAAUGAUUGCGUUAGCAUUUAUAUUCCUCGUUGAACGACUAGGCGGAGUUCUCGCGGUAACCGGAAGUCUCGCAGCCAUUGCCGCAGGUACUUCUCUUGGUGUAUUCACCCUUGGGAUGCUCGUUCCCUGGACAAAUUCGAAGGGAGCGUUUGUUGGGGCUAUCGCCGGAUUCGCGACCGCAGCUUGGGCCAGUUUGGGAGCAAACGCAGCGACCGGUGCCGGUCAAAUUAAAUCAAAAAAAUUGCCAGUCGAUUUAUCAUGUUGUUCCGCAAACGUUUCCGAUCAUUUCGCCACGCUUUUCGAAAGUCACGGGGAGGAGGACGUUUUUCCGCUUUACAGGCUUUCUUACCACCUGAUCGCCGGUCUCGGUACCGUGGUCGUUAUCGUCGUGGGAAUUUUAGUUACAUGCUGCUCGAGCCCAACGGAUCCGGCAUCGAUAGACCGAAAUUUAUUAUCACCUGUAAUUCACAGGCUACUUCCUCCUGAAAGAAUACCCACAGCAUCGAAAGAGACGAGGCGAUCAAACUCACGGAUGAGUGACAGCCGUCCAGAUCACAUUGACGAUUUUUUACUCGGUGAUAUCAGAGGCGUCGAUAAAUUACCGGUUGUUAUAGCUAAAUCGCAACAGUUGGAUGUGACAGAUGAAUUCUUACCGAUUUCAAGAAAUAACACUUGACGGCAACUACAGCCUACACGAGAAAUGACGCUAUGGAGAGAGUCAUAGAUGGUAAUAAUCAAUAAUUGACUAUAGUUAAUUAAAUAAUUAAUUGUUAAUAAGAAGUCAUUAAGUUUUUCGCAUGAGUAUUUUCUGUGUUUUUAUUUGAUUUUAAUUAAUCAUGCACUCUGCACAGAGGGCCCAGACAUCAAAUUUAUAAUAUCAUUAAUAUCGUCAUAAUGGAGUAAAAUGACAUGAAGAAUCGAUUUAUCUGUACAUCGGAUUGCUCUCUAUGCGACAAAUUCUUCGGCAGAAAAUUUCUGUUUUGUAUUUUUCAAUUCUAAUUGCAGAUAAUUAAGAUUGGUGCGCUCACGAGUUAUUUAAAUGUACAGUAUUUCGGCGGACAAUAAAUGGUUAAACGUGA